CAACAUCAUGCCUUCAUCCUCAGAACAAAGCUUCAGAGCCAACCUAUCUCAGUUCUGCUGGGCCAGAGGAGUCAUAGACAACUCCCAACAAACCCAGCAACCACUCUCAUCAUCAAACCUGUUCUCCCACUUCUACAAUGCUGUAGCAGGUAACUAUAUCCCUCUCAGAUCUAGUGAACAUUCCAAUGGAGAUGAAGCAUGGUUUGCGCUAUCACGUUGGGAAAGGCUGCUCGGGUUCGGUGCAUGCUUGUUACUAGGUGCAGCAGUCUGCUUCUUUGUUGCUUUUAUGACCCUCCCUUUCCUCACCAUCAAUCCCGCAAAAUUUGCUUUGGCAUUUAGGUAUGCAGGGUUUCUUUCCUACCACUCCGUGUCAGUUUGA